AUGUCGCAUGGUCCGAGCGCCGUGAACAUGGCGGAUGGCUGCACAAAGCAGAUUCUGGACACAAAGGACCUACGCUGUCCAUCGACCCAACUACCCGGCUACGCUGGAGCUCCGCGGAGUCAUCAGUUUGGCAGCCAAUCGCUAGACCUUGCCUACCACGCCGACUACUGA